GGGCGAGGCGCGAGGAGUCGGCCGGCAGUAGUUUAAGCGCGCGGAGGGGGAGAGCGGGUUCCUGGAGGGUUUUCGGGCCGGCUGGAGGCAGCUGCAGGUGGGACCGUUACCCGCCCGGCACCUGAGAGCGAGCGGGGCGGCCGGAAAGGAAGCGUGCCGGCGCACCAUGAUCCCCCUGGAGAAGCCGGGCAGCCGCGGCUCCCCCUCCGCAGCCGCCUCAGGGGCGGGCCGGAGUCUGGGCACGCCGCGCCGGCAGCCGCCCCCACCCCAGGCCCGCGGGCUGCUGACGGAGAUCCGUACCGCCGUGCGCACCGAGCCCUUCCAAGACGGCUACAGCCUGAGCCCCGGCCGAGAGCUGGGCAGGGGGAAAUUUGCAGUUGUGAGGAAAUGUAUAAAGAAGGAUUCUGGAAAAGAAUUUGCAGCAAAGUUCAUGAGAAAAAGAAGAAAAGGCCAAGAUUGUCGAAUGGAAAUAAUUCAUGAGAUAGCUGUUCUUGAACUAGCACAGGAUAAUCCUUGGGUUAUUAAUUUACAUGAAGUCUAUGAAACUCCAUCAGAAAUGAUCUUAGUUCUGGAAUAUGCGGCUGGGGGUGAAAUCUUUGACCAGUGUGUUGCAGACAGAGAAGACGCCUUCAAAGAAAAAGAUGUUCAAAGACUCGUGAGGCAGAUAUUGGAAGGUGUUCGCUUUUUGCAUGCUCAUGAUGUAGUACAUCUUGAUUUGAAGCCUCAGAAUAUUCUGCUGACAAGUGAAUCUCCAUUGGGUGACAUCAAGAUAGUUGAUUUUGGUCUUUCAAGAAUAAUGAAGAACAGUGAAGAACUCCGAGAAAUUAUGGGUACUCCUGAAUAUGUGGCUCCUGAAAUUCUGAGUUAUGAUCCUAUCAGCAUGGCAACAGAUAUGUGGAGCAUUGGAGUAUUAACAUAUGUCAUGCUUACGGGAGUAUCACCUUUCUUAGGUGAUAAUAAACAAGAAACAUUCCUAAACAUCUCCCAGAUGAACUUAAGCUAUUCUGAGGAAGAAUUUGAUAUUGUGUCUGAGUCUGCUGUUGACUUCAUUAAGACACUUUUAGUUAAGAAACCUGAACAUCGAGCCACAGCUGAGCAAUGUCUAAAACAUCCGUGGUUGACAGAGAGCAGUAUUCAAGAUCCUUCUUUCAAGGUGAAAGGGACAUUAGAAGAAGCCAAUGCACUCCAAGAAGGUGAUUCUGUGCCUGAAAUUAGUUCAGAUACUCAGAAACCAGAAACCGAGGGAUCAGUUGUGACAGAGGAGUUAAUUGUAUUUACUUCAUAUACUUUAGGACAAUGCAGACAGUCUGAAAAAGAGAAAAUGGAGCAAAAGGCCAUUUCCAAACGAUUUAAAUUUGAGGAACCUUUGCUACAAGAAAUUCCAGGAGACUUUAUCUACUGAGCAAUACUUCCCUUUAGAACUUUAAGAUUUCUGCAUUGAAAACAUUAAUAUUAUUUAUGGACUUCUGGCCAAAUGGUUCAUGUACUGAAUGUGGACAAACCAGGUAUCACUGAUAGAAAAAAAACCUAAAAUUGCUUUGUCAAACUUGUGGAGUUAGAUAUAUCAAGACAGAUUUAUAAAGUUGCCAACCAGGAGAUUUAACGGGUAAAGUUAUCUGUGUCAAUGUUAUUUUUAAGAAGGGAGAUGUCUGAACCUUUUAUUUCUAAAUCUCGUUUCUCCAGAAUGAAAAUUUGUGAUGCAAAGAUAAUCUGUAUUUACUUUCUUUAAAAAUCCAAGUAAAAGUGCCAAAUUAACAUCUUUAUAAACCUAUUUGCAUUAUUCUUAUGUAUCUGUAUCUACAUAUGUGUAUUGAUAUCUUUACUAAAAUUGAUACUUUUUCACUUUGGAUUUUUGGGGGGGGAGUAAGAUUUAAUUAGGCAUCUUCCAAAUUUUGAGACCUAGAAUAACAUCCACAAUAGUUUGAUAAUGUCUUAUUUUUAUAUUUUAUUACUGCUUUAUAUCAACUUGAUUUGACCUCUUUUGUCUUUGCUUUUGCCUAAUGUUUAUAACCUAUCAGUGAAAAACCCUUGCUAAUUUUUUUUUUCCUCUUCAACGUCACUAAUAAGAGUGGUGUUGACUUUUCACCUCCAGUUAUUCUGGUUUUAAGGUCAAGGUAGGUUAAGUAAUCUUGUAACAUUAAACCAGCACUGGCUUUUCAGCCGAGUUUCCUUCAUCACAUCUUACCUGAGUUUAGGAGUCUGUGCCCCUGCCACCACCUCACAUGCUCGUCACCUAAUUUUGGUCAUUUGAAAGUGUCAGUGUGAUCUGAUCAACAUGAUGGUUGCUUUGGUCAGUGAGAAGACGCUAUCGUAUUGUGUUUGUUAACAAAAUCCUCCAGAGAGGAGUAAGAGUGAAAGCAUAUUCAUCCUGGCCAUGGAGCCUCUAUUUCUAUUGUUUAUUGGCCCUCAGAUUGUAUUAGGAAAAGUUCUAAAAUGCCAAAAUAUUUAUAAACUUUUAUUUUGUUCAUAAAAAAUUUGACGUUGGAUACUUUGUCAUUAGGGAGGAAGCCUUGUUCGCUAAAGACAUAAGAAUAUACUCAGUAGAAUUUAAACUUAUUGGGAUUGAACACUUUAAUUGUAUGUAGGCCCCAUGGGGAAUAGUACAUUCUUACUUAAAACAAUGGAAAUGUAAAAGUGUACGCUGUAUAACCUGAAGCAACUAAAUCUCUUUCUCACACAAA